CUCAAAGAGCUCCACAGUUUGAAACACGUUUGAAUUUCUCCGGUAAAUUCAUCAUUAAAGAUGACGAUAUUCAUUUGGAUAACUGUCGUGAUUUCAUUCUGCAGUGCACAGACGACCAUGGCCAGUUCAAACUUGAAUUCGAAUUCAAGUGAAUUCACAGCAGCUCCAAUUCUAUUCAGAUCUGCUUUCAACGGUCGACCUCCGUUACCUAACCGGAAAGAAAACGUUUCAACUACCGAAAAGCCUAACAUAAAAAUUAAUGAAAUCGACGUAGUUAAAGAGAUCGAAGAAAAAGUUUCUGAGAAAACGAAUGGCAGUGAAGAAAAUGAUGAGGAGAAUGGCAACGAGAGUCGUUACAAGAAGAAUGCAAGAAAAGAAGACGAUAGCGAUGAAAGUGAUAGUGAUGAGAGCGGCAGCGAUGAGAACGACGCGCUGAUUGAAGGCGUCGAGAAAGAUGACGAGCGACCAAGCAAAUCAAGCCGUUGGCGUCCAACUCGUUUCGGUAGCUCAUUUCGGCUACAACCUGUGCGCCGACCAAUUGAUUAUCAUCGUCCUAACUGACGUGUAGCAAGCCAACGAAAUCAACUGUGUCUGGUGCUUUAAAUCAUUAAUUUAUUUGACCAAAUUAUAGUUUAGAAAACAUUAGAGAUGUAAUACACAACUUAGAGAUCUUACAAUACAUCCUGAUGUUGUUUUCUA